AUGGCUGAUGCCACCUACCCCCUUCUCGAGGAGCGUCCUCUCAAGGACACCAUCUGCCUCUUUGACGUCGAUGGCACCCUGACGCCCGCCCGUCUGCUAACGCCUCCCUCCCGCAAUCGACAGGACGCCUCUCCCGAGAUCCUCGCCAUCCUCCGCGCGCUGCGCCAAAAGUGCGCCAUUGGUUUUGUUGGCGGCUCCGACCUCGCCAAGCAGGAGGAGCAGAUCGGCGGCCCUGCCGGCGUUCCCGUCACCACGCUCUUUGAUUUCUGCUUCUCCGAAAACGGCCUCACCGCGUUCAAGCUCGGUCAGGCGUUGCCGUCCAACAGCUUCAUCGAGUGGAUCGGCGAGGCCCAGUACAAGGAGCUGGCCAACUUUGUCCUACAUUAUAUUGCCGAUCUCGACAUCCCGAUUAAGCGCGGCACCUUUAUCGAGUUCCGCAACGGCAUGAUCAACAUCAGCCCCGUCGGGCGCAACGCGAGCAACAAGGAACGCAACGAGUUUGAGGCGUAUGACAAGGAGGCCAAGGUGCGGGAGAAGUUUGUCGCGGUCCUCAAGGAAAAGUUUGGCCACCUCGGUCUGACCUUUUCCAUCGGCGGACAGAUCUCCUUUGAUGUCUUCCCCACCGGCUGGGACAAGACUUACUGCCUCAGGCACCUCGAGAGCGAGGCCAAGAAGCCCAAUGGCAUCACGUACAAGAACAUUCACUUCUUCGGCGACAAGACAGCCAAGGGCGGCAACGACUACGAAAUCUACGAGGACCCCCGCACCAUCGGCCACUCGGUCAAGGGCCCGGAGGAUACCAUGACCAUCCUCAAGGAGGUCUUUGGCGUAUAA